AUGUCAACCCUAGCAGAAGGGGAGAAGCAGCACGUAGCUAUGUCAAACUUACCAGAAGAGGUUCUAAGUGAUAUCUUUCUGAAGUUACCAGUGGAAUCCAUCUUAAGUAGUAAGUGUGUCUGCAAGUUCUGGCGUUAUAUAAUAUCUAGCCCUAACUUCAUCAAGUAUCAUCUUAAUAAUGGUGUAGGUAAGCUAAUCUAUGCAAAGAAGACAAUGUGCUCUAUAGAUUAUGCUUCAAUAUCAUUGUCAAAAUCAAGUAACUAUGAAGUUGUUGAAAUGGAUUACCCGUUUAGAUAUAAUAAAUUUGAUUCUGUUCAGAUUUGUGGUUCUAGUAAUGAUUUACCGUUCCCAGAAGAAGCUAUGUCACACCCAAAUGGAGUUGUUGGAGGAUUGGGAGAAUGUCUAUGUUUAGUUGUUGAUGGGAAUGAGAGUUGUAGUUUUCCGAGCAACACUGAUUUAUGGGUGCACUGUGAAACUGUUGCUAGCAGUGAUGGAGUUGAGGUGAAAACGGCACAUUGA